AUGUCUAAAAGUGCAGCCCAAUGGAACACAGAACGGGAGGAAUAUCUUACCCAACUUGUGCACCACCUCGGUACCAAGAAGUGGGCAGUAAUCGUAGAAAAAAUGAAGACCCAAUUCCCUGGAUUCAGCCAGAACCCCAAACAAUGCAGGGAAAGAUGGAGGAACCAUCUUGACCCUCGAAUCAAUAAAAGUCCCUGGAAACCUGAAGAAGAGCUUAUUUUCAUAGCGAAGCACAAGGUGUUUGGCAACAAGUGGGCGGAAAUCGCCAAAUAUUGCGACGGAAGAAAUGACAACUCAGUUAAGAAUUACUUUUAUUCAAGUGUCAGGAAAAUAAUCAGGAAAAUUUCAUUAAAAUAAGGUGACCUAUGACCUCAAAGAAAAUGAUGUAGAGAAGGAGCUCACCAUCUAUCUCUCUCAGUAUAUUUAUGAAAUGUAUUCAGAUUACCUUAACAAAAAGAGAAUGGAGAAGAAUAUUUCAGCAAUGGAGCCAGGCACCCUGUCUGGAGGAAUGCCAGUCGACCCUCAAGAAGAGUCGAAAAAUGCCAAGGGAAAUCUUCGGACUGGUGAUAAAUACAUUAUUAGAAAACUAGUAUCUUUAAAAAUCAUGCCUGAGCAGAUACAAGACUUUAUCACACUGGUUGCCUCAGGCACUUCCAAUAACUCUGCUGGCAUGAAUGGCUUCCAAAUGAACACUGAUAAUCUAGUUCCGAAUUUAGCAGAGAAUCAAUUACAACCGCCCCAAUUUGGAGUUCACAUGAGAGCGAAUUCCUGAUAUGCAAAUGACAUCCACAUGAACUUGGGCUCGAACCAGCCAAUGGGAGUUGUGGAUGAUUCUCAGUUGGUCCAAAGCUUUGCUCAAUUCUCUCUAAUGAACAAUAAUCCUUACUACGGACAACAAAAUAUGAUGGAUAUUUGCCAAAUGCAGACCCCUUCGAACGGGAAUGAUGGUAUUAGCCUUGAGAACAACUUCAGUAAUUAUGGUGGCCAUCUGAGUAGCAUUCCAUCUCAUAUGAAAAAUCAGAGGCUCCAAAGAAGCCACUCUAUUAGCAGGAUUCCUGAAAGCUCGACUUACAUUAAGGAAAACUUCCUGUUUGAAAAGUUAGGUGAUAAGACAUCGAAAGAUGAUGCGACAAUUAGAAACUAUCAGAACCCUAUUUUGCUAGAGGAGAAAGAGCCAACACCUAUUCAGAAAUACAAGCAUCUGCAGCCAGAUGAUAACUUAUCAAAUUCUAGUGGCACUUCGAUGUCGAGCUUCGUGUCUUUUAACGAGUCAGCAUCUUGAUCAUCUCUUGAAAUGUCGUUUGACGGCUCUGGAACUCCUUAUAUUAAGCCUUUCCGAACAUCUGCAUUCUCAAGAGUGAAGAAUGCCGCUGAUUGCGGUAAAUCUAAUAGCCAAGAUAGCAGUGAAGAUUUCAACAGCCAAGAAAGGGAGAAACCUGUCGACAUGGAUGAUGGUAGCUAUGACCCCAAUAAGCAUAAAAACAAAUCUAGCUUCUUCAGGCUUAAGCAUAACGGGGGAUAA